AUGGUUCAAGAGGAUUGCUUUGUAGACGAGAGAGAUAAUAAAUUAAAACCUUUAGGAGUAUUUAAGGAUCAGAGUGGAAUCCUCAGACUGAAAACGAAACUUACCUUUCGACAGGAUUCAGAAGAGUUUAAAACUCCAGCUAUUCUUCCGUCCGAUCAUGAGGUGGUCAAGAGAUUAAUACGAUAUUAUCACGAGAAAAAUGCACAUGCUGCUACCCAAAUUUUAAUAAAUAUUCUUCGAGAGAGAUUUUGGCUUCUUAAUGCUCAAAAAACGGUGAGAUCUCUGAUUAAUAAGUGCACCGUAUGUAGAAGAUUUUCUGCAAAAAGCGUGCAAGUUUGCACAGCAAACCCUCCAAACGACAGACUCCGAGAAGCGGCUGUAUUUGAAAUUUGUGGCAUUGAUUUUGCUGGUCCAGUGAUCUUAAAAGGUAACACCAAAUCCUGGAUUUGCUUAUUCACCUGCGCCGUAUACAGGGCAGUGCAUCUAGAAUUGGUUGAGUCCAUGUCUACUGAGAGUUUUUUACCAGCCCUUAGAAGAUUUAUAUCCCGCAGAGGAAGAAGUAAAAUAAUUUACUGUGACAACGGAACUAACUUUGUAGGAGCUUCAAAUGCGCUACGAGAUCUAAACUGGAAGCAGAUUAUUGAUGAUACAUCUAUAUCACCAAUUCAAUGGAAGUUUAAUCCACCAACUGACUCAUGGUGGGGAGGUUGGUGGGAGAGAUUAAUAGGUAUUCUCAAGAGUUUACUGAGGCUAGUACUAGGAAGAGCUUCUUUAACUUCUGAAGAAAUGAUCACCAUUCUCUGCUACUGUGAAGCAGUGAUAAACUCCCGUCCAUUGACCUAUGUUACUGAAAAUAAUGUUACUUUGAUGCCUUUAAGUCCAUCUCUAUUUCUUCAAGACAUUCAAACAAGUGGUGUUCCUGAUCUUGAUGAUAUUGGACACAGAAGAAGUGACAACACCAAGCGACUGAAUUGGCCACUGGGAAAAAUAAUAGAGAUUAUUCCAGGUCAAGAUGGAGUAACAAGACUUGUGAGACUUAAAAUGGCAAAUGGAGAAUUACUAAGACCAACUCAGAGACUGUAUCCACUCGAAGUCUCUAAUGAUGAUCUUAUUGUUGAGAACUUUUCAACUAAGAAGUUGGAAACUUGUAAAGAGUCUGGCUCUAACAAUGUGUGUGAUGUAGGCUUUGAGCCACAGUUUCAAAAGACUAGAACAGGUCAUACGGUCAAAAUACCUAAAAGACUGGACUUGUGA